GGUUUAUUUCGGAGAUGGCAGCCGUUAGGCUGAAAAUGUACAUAUUAAGAUUACAAAGUGUAACUAUAUAAGAAAAUAGGGGAGACGGGGAUGAAGGGGAAGGGGAGAGGCCAACAGGCUGGCCCUGGGCUACUCCUUUCGGAGCCCCAUGACCCACGUCCGACCUCGGUCAGGACUGGGUCACAAGUGUGUGUGUGUUAAGUUGUUAACACAAUAAAGAGAGCAGCACGGCGAGUAAUGGAAUCAAGGCCCCCUCCACCCCCAAAUAAUUAGUUUACACUAAUUUUCUCUCCAUAUGCUAAAGUUUACUGCAAGCAGGUAAUGGAAAGGAAGCAAAGUGCCUUUGCAUUGAUGGAGUUUGGGUAGUGUGUCAGCCACGUGGCCCAUGACAAAUAUAUCAAGGCUCAUGACAUUCAGGAGGCAGCGUCCCUCCCUGCAGGCAAGGGUCAGGCGAUGAAGGGAUAUGUAGGUAAUAGAAAGACUUCCCCAACUGCUGCCGAUAAUGUUUUACAGCGAUAAGUAUUGUUAAAUCCAUCCAUCACAGCAGCAACACUCAAAGAGAAGCACCCAGACUUGUGUGAAUUAAGUCUCUCAGUACCCUCUGAGCUCUGCCACCUCUCAAGGUCGUCAGCAGCCCGCCGUGACACGCCUAUAUCACAGGCUACGUGGGUUACUGAGUGCCUAUACUGAGACAGUGGCUGAUCGUAAGGCUAAUAAUAAUCUCCUGUCACCUUUUUACGGCACAUUACAACGGCUGGUGACCAAAUUAUGGUAAAGUAUAAGGGCGUAAUGGUGGGUUGGCGAUACCUGUUGAUGUAGAGUGUAGACACAAACUGUCUCUUAUUUACUUUCCCAGAACUCGUCGGCUGCUGGCUCCCUGCUAGCUGUUAGAGGAAUGUGUGCAGGUCUGACACAAGUGUGCCCAGUUUCAAUGGACGACCCGUAUGGCUGUGAAACAGAAAUACAAAAGAGAGCGUGUGCUAGCGUUUGAAAACUGCAGCGAAAACAGGGCCAAUAAUGGCGUUCAAAUCUUAGGUUGUCGGGACUCUCUCUAUCAAGGGACUCUACGAACAUCCAGCUCGUCAACAACAUAUGACCUCCUCCAGGAUGCCGACAGCGGAGCCUGGAAGGGACGGCCAGAGAAGUGGAGGUCAGGAUUGAAAUCCCAGCAGCUGUGGCGGUGGCGAUAACGAUCUUAUAUGUUUCGUUAUGUAUCCCUCAACCUUUCUGACCUAUUACGAAACAUCUUAUUUAGAUAUACAAUAUGAAACCACCCCUGAAUAUCCGGGGACAGCCACAAGCACCCCUCUCUAAGGAAGGCGUUUGACAUCAUUCAUUUCUAAGCGUCUCGAUUUCCUCAGAGGCUCACCAAUCUGUGCUCGAAUAUACGAACCCGAGCACCCGCAGCGCCAUCCUUGUUGAAGGUAGUCACGAAACAGAGCAGUGAGCAGCAGCAGAGGCGGCAGACUACAAUUAAGGCUAUAGUGGGCGUGUUAAGUGCGUUUGUGUACGAGUAAAUCUUGACAGCGGGAGGCAAGAUGGAUUCUCGACACUUAUUCUUCACACUUAUGUGCUGGUGUUUGUGGUCGGGGGCGUGGGCCAGCUUGCCCUUUCGAGUUAAGGAGUACAUGGGAAGCCUGGACACGUGCCGCUGCGUGCCUCUCGAACUGUACUGCGACGAGGAGGUUGUGGCGUUCUCCUACCUCUCCUCCUUCACCCACUCCGUGUGCGCUGGAGGGACGCGGUUGUGCUGUCGGGCGGCGCCGCCGUCAACGAAAAGCCCCACCAAAUCCCAGAAAGAGGGUUCAUACUUCCUGCUGCUGAAAGUUCCGCCCACCAACCCCCAAGGGUUGUCAAGGAAUCUGCUCCUAGAUCCUGAAGUGGUGACCAGUGAGGACAACGAAGCCAGUGUGAUCGAGUACCAAGAGGGAAACGGCACUGCUGCUGCAUAUAUGGAAGACGUAGAAUCGCUCGAAGCAAGUAAUAGUAGCAACGUGACAGGAAAUACUUCGGUUUCGUGGGUGAAGGAAAACGAUGGUGGUGAGGGUGAAGGAACAGAGUCUUCGCCCGAAGUAACAGGAGACGCCACGGACUCCACCAUGUUUAUGAACUCCAAUGUUACUGAAGAAAACUUUACGACAUUAUCUACUCCUCCAACGCAUAGUUCGACUGGCGAGGGGAAUAGAACUGCAACUACCCUUAGAAAUAUGUUGAACGCCUCAGUUGUGACCAGCCUCCCAUCGCCCGACUUUGGUGGAUGCUUCCUCGAUGCUUGCCAUGGAAACUCGACUUCGACUCUGCAUAUGAGCACCUCGAAGGAGCCUCGCAAUACUUCGCUCGAAAAUGAAGAACGAAGCCGAAUUGAAAAAGAUACUUUAAACACCUCCUCAAUCGCAAACAUUUCUUCAACUCAGAGUCACUCCACAGAUGACACUGGGACUGACUUCCCUGCCCCACAAGAUCAAAUUGCUGUAUCAUCUUCCAAGUUAGGCCACAUGACUUCAUCCUCCAGUUCUCCUCCUACGCCGCCUCCAGCUGUGGGUAUACCUCUUACACCAACUCCAAAACCCCGCCCACCAAGCACCACCACGCCUACACCUAGUUUUUGGGUAUGGCUUUUUGGCUGACCGUAAAAGGGUUCAUGGCUGCUUAGGGCGUAGCUGUCUUUUUUUUAUAUUAUUUCGGGAUGUUUUUAUACAGCUUUUUUUUAAGCAACAUAAUCGGAAUGUUUUGGUUUUAGGAAUAUCACUUAUGUUUUCGUUGUAUGUGUAUAUAGAGGUGCCUCAAUACUUAACCUGAAUGUCAUGUGAUUAUAUAUUUGUUAGUAUCAUCUCGUGCAUCUGUCAUUUUAAUCAGUCCUUGGUUUUAAUUUCUGUGUUAGUAUAUUCACUAA